GAGCAGGCGCGGCUAGGCUAGCAGGUUAGCAAUGUCAGGUGUAGAAGAAAGUUCCCGUGAGUCGGUGGAGGUGAAGGAAAACCACGAGUUGGAUGAUGACGUCGAGGACCAGCUCGGGGGCGACUACGCUGUGGACCCAACUCGAUAUAUAUUUUACAGGGACCGAAAGGAGUGGGCAGACCUGGAGCCAGUUCCCCAGGAUGAUGGACCCAAUCCUGUGGUGAAGAUCGCCUACUCUGACAAGUUCUCAGAUGUUUAUGACUAUUUCCGUGCGCUCCUGAAGAACGAUGAGAGAAGUGAGCGGGCCUUCGCCUUGACAGCAGAAGCCAUCGAGCUAAAUGCUGCUAAUUACACAGUGUGGCACUACCGGCGAGUAUUACUUCAAGCCCUUUCCAAGGAUCUGGAGGAUGAGAUGAGGUACAUCACUGCCAUCAUCGACGAGCAACCCAAAAACUAUCAAGUCUGGCAUCACAGACGUAUGGUGGUGGAGUGGUUAAAGGACCCUUCAGAGGAACUGGAGUUUAUUGCAGACAUCCUCAGCCAAGAUGCAAAGAACUACCACGCUUGGCAGCACAGGCAGUGGGUCAUCCAGGAGUACAAACUCUGGGAUAAUGAGCUGGAGUUUGUGGAGACUCUUUUGGAAGAAGACGUGAGGAAUAACUCCGCAUGGAACCAGAGGCAUUUUGUAAUUUCUCAAACCACAGGUUUCUCCGAUCCGACCAUAGUGGAGAGAGAGAUUAAGUAUUGCCUGAAGCAGAUCAGGAAGGCUCCCCACAAUGAAAGCGCAUGGAACUAUUUGAAAGGGAUGCUGCAAGACAGAGGUCUGUCAUCUCAGCCAGGUCUGCUGGAGAGAGUGCUGGAGCUGAAGGACACGCACUGUUCUUCUUACCUUCUAGCCUUUCUGUUUGAUUGCUAUGAGGAUGUCUUGGAGAGCAGCAACCAAAAGGAAAAUGUGGAGGAAGAACAACGAAAGGGAACUUUAAGAAAAGCUCUAGAGAUCUGUAAACUUCUAGCGCAGGAGAAGGACACCAUUCGUAAAGAGUACUGGAAUUUUUUGGGAAGUUCUUUAAAGAGCAAAUUUGGAAGCAGUGAUAGCUCCGAGGAGAGUUUGACAGACAACUCCGAACCAUCAGUCCCAGCAUCUGUGCAGCAAGAAACCAGCUAGACCAGGGGACUCGCACCAUUUCCACUCCUGUGCUGCUUCGUCAGGGCUGUUGGCCCGAACCAGUCCACGCAGUUUGAUGUUAAUGUCAAUGAAUGUGAGGUCAUCUAGGAAAAGACUGAGACUGAAAGUGAAAUGUACAGGUCAACUAAUACAGGAAAGUCUUGCACUAACGGAAAUCUCUUUGAAAAUGUUUUUUUCACACUGAACAGCAGUAAGAAGUGGUAAUGUUAUUACACAUCAGGCAGUUUUCAUACAUCCUGGAACAUUUUUUGGAAUGUCGUCAGAUUUAGUCAUAGAAUUAUUAUUUUGCUUGGUUAUAAAACAGCGAGUGGUUUGUGAGACUAAUUUAGCAGUGUUAAUAAAGCAGAUGAGAGAUGACAUGCGGUGGCUUGUUGCUGCUCUGAUCGAUGACUCAUAAUAUGUAAUAAUUUAGUCUUUUUUUAAAAUCUGUAGCAGGUUAAAUCAAAUCAAAUAUACUUUGCUUAAAAAAGAAAAAACAGUACACAAGGAUAUUUCAUGUAAGACCAUGAAUAAUAAUGCAGAAUAAAAGCGUUUAGUUCCUUAGUUGAACUAAACAAGCCAC